CCAAAGUAGUUAAGGGUUAGGUCCAUCUUUCCCAUACCAACAACAAUCAACAAAAUAUCCUUAUUAUUAUUAUUAUAUCAAUGUUUGACCAAUUAAUAAACAUGUAAACUAAACCCCCAUUAUAUCUCUCCAUUCAUUCUUUCUUCUCUUACAACAAUAACUUCAUUUUCUUGAAAAACAACAACAACAAAUAAUAAAAAAAACAUGAACUUCACUUUCUUGAACUCAAUUCUUGAAAGAGUCUCAUUAAGGCUACCAUUACUAUUCUAUGCAGCAACAUGGACAACCCUUUUGACAAUAAUAGUAGCUGUGGCAUCAUUUUCUCCUGAAUUUGCCUUUGUUUCCGCGAUAACGCCUUCUUCUUCCUUCUCUCAAGCUUGUCAUGAACAUGAUCGUAACCAAAAAGGAUCUGUUAGAAUACCAUUGGAUCUUCCAUUAGAGGUUUUUUGUUUCCCUACUGAAGUGUUUAAAAGAUCUAAAAUGGAUUUGAUUGUUCCUCCUAUUUUUGCUGCUACUAUUGUGGCUGUAUCUGCUUAUGUUGUUAAAGCUUUGGCUUUGUGGGAAGUUGAUGAUCAACAAAGUCAAUUUUGACUUUUUGUUUUGUUU